AUUUUCGAUGCACCAUUGACCCUUUUCGGCGACUGGGCCAACGUGAUGACAGUCUGGUCGUAGGCAUUCCGAUUGGCUCAAGAAAAUAAACCGACCUGAAGCGAAUGAAUCGGCAGGGAUGCAAGUAAAGGACUCACUCUUGUUUGCCUAAGCUGCUUUGGAUACACCACGACCCUGUUGAGGCAAGGUCAAAACUUGAGCGACUUGCGAUUGCUUCACUCCAGUGGCAGCUGGGGCAAAAUGAAUCGUAACGUCCAGUCGAAAUGUUGUUCUGCUUGCAAGUUCGUCAUGAUGAUAGGGGAACGAAAUGCGUAUAAAUAUGAAGCAAGAACCCGCCGUCGAUAAGAACAACCAACACUUGAAAAGCAGAUUCAUCACACCUUGCGACCUCACUACUGGCUUCCGCACGACUUUGAACUUCUCGACAGCUUUUAACUCUAUCGUUUUUCCAUUAAAUCACCCGCGCCCAUCAUGAGCACAGAGGAGAACAUCACGCUCUAUUGCGAGGGCACUCCCAAUCCACUCAAGAUUUCCAUCGCGCUGGAAGAGCUGGGCUUGAAGUACAAGGUACGCGCAAUCAAGCUCUUUGAGCAUGAGCAGAAAGAGCAGUGGUACCUUGACAUCAACCCCAACGGUCGCAUCCCAGCCAUCGUCGACAAGGACGAGAACGGCCAGGAGCUCAAGAUUUGGGAAAGUGGUGCUAUCUUGCAGUAUCUCGUGGACCGGUACGACAAGGACCACAAGAUCUCGUAUCCCCACGGCACUAAAGAACAUUGGGAGAUGACGAACUGGCUCUUUUGGCAGGUGAGCGGCCUUGGGCCUAUGCAGGGACAGGCAAACCACUUUGAGAUGUCCGCGUUCGGCGACUAUCCAUACGCCCUGAAUCGCUACGUCAACGAAACACGCCGCCUCUAUCGCACCAUGGACAAGGCACUCGCCAAGAAUCCUUCAGGAUACCUCGUCGGUGACCAUCUCACUAUUGCCGACAUUGCCAUCUGGCCAUGGGCCACCGCGUACAAGUACAGUGGUCUAUCCCAAAUCGACGAGUUCCCUCACGUCAAGGAGUGGAUGUACAGGCUCCUAUCGCGUCCUGGGUUCGAGAAGGGUCGGAAUGUGCCGCAGCCUCAUAUUUACCUCCAGCUUAACAAGCUGCCGGAUGAGGAACUGAAGAAGAUUGGGAGAGAGAGGUCGGCUUGGAUUCAGGAGGCUAUGAAGCGCGAUGCUGAAGCCUGAUACGGAACAUUGUUGCGUCGGACCGGGUCUGCUGUAUGGCUAAGCUCAGCUCCGUAGUGAAAGUCUUGUUACACCUUCCCUCGGCUGUAAGGGAGCCAGGCCUGUGCUGUGGUCUCCAGCCUGGUGAUUUGCUUUCAUUGGCUUGGACCUGAUCUUUAGAUGUCGGAAGCUUGGCCUCGAACCGGCGAUUGGCGCCCACAGCCUCGGACCUGGGUGGGCUCUGGAAUUGCUUGUUCCUUGCCAGGAUAACAAGGAUCACGUUGUCCCUAUGAAGAGUAUCCGUACAGUAGAUAUUCCAAUUGACGUGCUGCGUUUGACGA